GUUCUGCUCCCAGAAACCGACACCCCCGACUCAAAAAUUCGGUGUUAACAAACCCUCCCAGUGGAGACGCACCACGCCAUGCAUCUCUACAAGCUCGAUAGUAUCUAUAUAAACCCCCGAGGACACCACCACCCAAACACCAUAAAUCUACUAACCUACUAACCUCACAAAACAAGCCCCAAGUCCAAAAUAACCAUCAGUCAACAUCUCGCUCAAGCAGCCACCUCGAACACCCACCACCUAAAAAUGUCCAAAAUAAUCCUAGUAACAGGCGCCAACACCGGCAUCGGCUACGAAACCAUCAAAGCCCUCCUCCAAUCCCAAAACGCAACCUACCACAUCCUUCUCGGUAGCCGAUCCCCCGAAAAAGGCAUCCAAGCGCUCAAACACCUCCAGACCGAAGUCCCAACCACAAAAAGCAGCAUCGAGCUACUCCCCCUAGACCUGACAAGCGACUCGUCGAUAGAGACGGCGUAUGAAGCAGUGCGGAAGAGCCAUGGCCGUAUCGACGCGUUGGUUAAUAAUGCCAAAGCCCAUUUUGACGGUGAAGCCCUCGCCGGCCGGGUCUCGCUCCGCGAGAGCUUUAUCAAGGCCUACGAUGUUAAUGUUGCGGGGACGCAUGUCCUGACGUAUACGUUUAUGCCGCUUCUAUUGAAGUCCGUGAACCCGCGGUUGGUUUUCGUGACGGGUCUGUCGCAGAUUACGCAGGCCGCUCAGUCGUAUUUUCCGACGCCGGCGUUACCCGCGGGGUGGCCGAAGGAGGUGGAUUUUGAGACGAUCGGGUAUCGGUGUAGUAAGACGGCUUUGAAUAUGUUGAUGUUGGACUGGAAUCAUAAGCUCAAGGCAGAUGGGGUGAAGGUCUGGGGGGUUGGGCCAGGAUUCCUGGUGACGGGAUUGGGCGGUAUGGGGGAGAAGGUGAGGGAGAUGGGGGCUGGACAUCCUCGUAUUGGGGGUGUGUUUAUCAAGGAUGUUGUGGAAGGGGUUAGAGAUGCUGAUGUUGGGAAGUUGGUGAAUAAGAAUGGGUUGUCGGCUUGGUGAGUAGUCGCCCAGGUAGGGCCGUGGCCCUCAAUGAUCUAAAUGCUUGGGUAAGAGGUUCCUUGCCUUAAUUGUUCAGUUUUC